GGGGCGUGGCCUGGGCGCGGGGCUUUCGGUGGCGACCAGCCAGAGGAGAAAGAACAUGGCGGGCGCAGCAGGGCCAGGGGCCGGUCCGGGAGCAGCGGGCGGAGAUGGAGACGAUUCGCUCUACCCGAUCGCGGUUUUAAUCGACGAGCUCCGCAAUGAGGACGUGCAGCUCCGGCUCAACAGUAUUAAGAAGUUAUCAACUAUUGCUCUAGCACUCGGGGUGGAAAGGACUCGAACUGAACUGCUGCCUUUCCUUACAGAUACUAUUUAUGAUGAAGAUGAGGUGCUGUUAGCUCUUGCCGAGCAGCUGGGAAAUUUCACUGGUUUGGUGGGAGGUCCUGACUUUGCCCACUGUCUGCUGCCUCCUUUGGAAAGUUUGGCUACGGUGGAGGAGACUGUUGUUCGAGACAAGGCUGUGGAAUCCCUGAGGCAGAUCUCCCAGGAGCACACUCCUGUUGCCCUUGAAGCUCAUUUUGUACCUUUGGUGAAGCGCUUGGCAAGUGGGGACUGGUUCACAUCUCGCACAUCUGCAUGUGGUUUGUUCAGCGUUUGCUAUCCCAGAGCUUCAAAUGCUGUCAAGGCUGAAAUUCGACAGCACUUCCGUUCCCUGUGCUCAGAUGAUACACCAAUGGUGCGACGUGCUGCUGCUUCCAAAUUGGGUGAAUUUGCAAAAGUCUUGGAAUUAGACAGUGUGAAAACUGAGAUUGUCCCCUUGUUCACGAAUUUGGCUUCAGAUGAGCAGGAUUCUGUACGCCUGCUAGCUGUGGAAGCUUGUGUCAGCAUUGCCCAGUUACUGUCCCAGGAUGACCUUGAAGCCUUGGUAAUGCCUACACUUCGGCAAGCAGCAGAAGAUAAAUCUUGGCGGGUUCGCUAUAUGGUGGCUGACAAGUUUUCAGAGCUUCAGAAAGCGGUGGGCCCUAAAAUUGCACUCAGUGACCUCAUCCCCGCCUUCCAGAGCCUCCUCAGAGACUGUGAAGCUGAAGUCCGAGCUGCCGCUGCCCACAAAGUAAGAGAACUUUGUGAGAACCUGCCCACUGAAGGUAGAGAGACUGUAAUUAUGAGCCAGAUCCUGCCCUAUAUAAAGGAAUUAGUGUCUGAUACCAACCAACAUGUCAAGUCAGCUCUGGCUUCUGUAAUUAUGGGAUUAUCUACAGUUUUGGGCAAAGAGAAUACCAUUGAACAUCUUCUGCCUCUGUUUUUAGCUCAGUUAAAGGAUGAGUGUCCAGAAGUUCGUUUAAAUAUCAUCUCCAAUUUGGAUUGUGUAAAUGAAGUGAUUGGAAUUCGUCAGCUCUCUCAGUCUCUCCUUCCUGCCAUAGUGGAACUGGCUGAAGAUGCCAAGUGGAGGGUUCGCCUGGCUAUCAUUGAGUACAUGCCGCUGCUGGCUGGCCAGCUGGGCGUGGAGUUUUUUGAUGAAAAACUGAAUUCUUUGUGUAUGGCCUGGCUUGUGGAUCAUGUCUAUGCCAUUCGGGAAGCAGCCACCAACAACCUCAUGAAGUUAGUCCAGAAGUUUGGUACAGAGUGGGCCCAGAAUACCAUUGUCCCGAAAGUGUUGGUAAUGGCAAACGACCCUAACUACUUGCACAGAAUGACCACUUUAUUCUGCAUUAAUGCACUGUCUGAAGCCUGUGGUAAGGAAAUAACCACUAAGCAGAUGUUGCCCAUCGUGUUGAAGAUGGCAGGAGACCAGGUCGCAAAUGUCCGCUUCAAUGUGGCCAAGUCACUGCAGAAAAUCGGACCGAUUCUAGAUACCAAUGCCUUGCAGGGGGAAGUGAAGCCGGUGCUGCAGAAACUAGGUCAGGACGAAGACAUGGAUGUCAAGUAUUUUGCACAGGAAGCUAUAAGUGUUCUUGCCUUGGCAUAAAGAGGAGCAGGAGGGAAAGCCUUUACUAAAUUCUUAUCACAGAUCUCUAGUCAAUGUGUUCUUACCCUGGGUGGAGAAAAUGGAAACCUUCAAGAUCUCAUCCAAGCAAAUGGCAACAACAUAGAAGAAAUCAGAUUUCAGUGACUUGAUUCUUUCUAAACAUGAACUCAGACUGAUUUUACUUCUCUCUGUUGGGAUAAUUGUAACGUUCUUCUUCUGACCAGUUGCUGACGCUCCCUCACAGUCAUCUCUUGAGUGUCUCCCAGGGUUUCUCUCCAGCACCGUUGAGGCUCCUGCUUCCUCCCUUUGGAAUCAGGCCCCAGCCACUUAAGAUUCCAGACAGAGCCUGGAUGGAUUUGGACCCCGACACGGAGUGGAGUGAAUCUCUUACUGUUUACACGUCUCUGUGUGGCCCCCCAUCUUUCCAAUGUUAAGAGUAAAUGGUUUAGAAUAACUUACUUCCAACUGUCUACUUGGAGAUAAUACUGAGAUUUGACUGUAGUGAAAGCCACACCCUCCUGGUGACGAGGGGCCGCACCAGCGUCUCACAUGAAGGGAGCUGUGGCAGGCUAACGGCUGGCUGUUCUGGUUUUCAUUUGCUCAGUUUUGACUGUAAUCAUGUCAUGCAGAAGCCGGAAGUGGGUGUAUCUUGCUGCUAAUGUGUGAUGUUGAAAGGAAACAAUUUCAACGGCUCAGGACUGUGACUGCCUUCAGAACUCAUACGGGACUUUAGUGCCUCUUACAAAGUUGUGCUUCUCCUGUUUCAUUGUGAAGUGUUGUGUUUCAAGGACGUGGAGGAACCACGGGGCCUAGGUUUGCUCCCAGCAAUGUUAGUGAGCAGUGUGCUGUUUCCACACCGUGGAAACCAAACUGAAGUUUCCUUACUCAGUGUUUUCUUGUGUGGGUGAUGCAAGAACAUUUUUCUACUUUUGCAGUAAAAUUUCAUUAAUUUGUCCUGAAAUGUAAGGUGGCAGGUCAAGCUGAAGGGUUUGCUGAAGCAAAUUGUUUUAGGAAGGCUGCUGGACACUAAUUUUAGGAAGUACCCCCUUCUCAGUGGGUGUGCUUGUGACCAGUCUCUCUGCUCUGUCAUACUCCGGUCCUUCCAGGAGCAGCUCUGACAUGUCACACCUUUUCUGAAUAUUCUUCUGGAUAAUUUAAAUGUCUGCAUCUGACUCCUUGUCUCGAGUGGACUUAGUUAAUGAGGUUCUACUGCAGCCUGUUCUACUCAGUGCAUCACACCAUGUAGUUUGAUGUUUCCAUUUGGGUUUCUGAAUUGUUGAUUUUACUUACAAACCCUUUUAGAUAUAACAAGCCCUGUUCUGUUUUGUGAAGGCCCAAAGAUACCUACAAAACUUUGUACAUUAAAAGUAAGUUACAUAAAA